UUUGACGAGUUGCUUCAAUAUUACCUACCUUUUCUGCUCUAUGAAAGAUCGAAGAAGGAAAACGAGACAGCAAAAGCAACUGAGGUUGCCUAGCUUCUUGAAUUGGUAGGUUUUUUGACUGCAAACGACUGUAGUUCGGUCAGACAACUAGAGGCAAAAAAUGUCAUUGUGGACCAAGUCAAGGGACCUUAGUAACAGAUGGAAAAGUGCAUCACAUGUUCAAAAUCAAAAACAUAUCUUACUUAGGUAAGUAAGUAGAAUCAUGAACCGAUUUAUAAUGAACUUCAUAAUAAAUCACAAAUAACUAAGUUGAGUGAAAGUAAACAACUUAAAAUAGCUAAUGCGGUGACCGUACAUUCUGCAACAAAUAUCCGCUGCAAAAGCAAAUAUGUAGUUUUCUAUAAGGACGAUCUGGCAACGUCGCGUCGCCGAACGGAGACGAAGUUCCCCGAAGCCUCGAACGCGAUGGGGCAGACGCGACGUGACGCGCGGCGGGGCGGGGCGGGCCGCCGGCGUUGCCUCACUGCUCAGUAAACUCACAGAAGUCACACAGUGCACCAAACACUUCGUGUAGCGGGACGUCACCAAACAUGGAUGUAGUUCAGUUAAUUAAAUUAGUCAAGAAACAUGAAUUUUUAUACAACCAAAAUCAUCCCAGUUAUAGGAACACAGACCUUAAGAAUUCGACAUGGGAGCUUAUUGGACGAGAAAUGAAUGAAUGUCGUGAAGCCUGUAGACUAAAGUGGAAAACCGUACGAGACGGUUAUAUAAAGUACAAGAAGCUAUCCCAAAUGAAGAAUAGUAAAGUUAGUAACUACGUUUGGAGCACCCAAUUGAAGUUUCUGGAUAACUACAGUUAUCGCAUCAAAGGAAUGUCGAAAUCUAUGUCAGAGCAGUCGGAAGGGUCGCAGACAGCGGCACAGGAAGUGUCACCGGUACAGUCGCCAUCACCACCGCCUCUAGUGCCGCUAAGAUCAGUACCAUCAACAGAAGCUAACUCACCGAUGCAAACAGACGAAGAAUUACAAAGCGUCAUUGAGAGAAAUUCAAGUCAGCUUGAGAAAUUCAAGCAAAUAGAUUCUACCGAUCUCCUUUUUCUCAGUUACUCGGGGACAUUCAAGAAGUUCUCAGCGAGACAACAAGCCCUGAUGAAGAUAGAACUGGCCAAAUUGUUCGCAAACGCUGAACUGGAACAGCUGCAGGCUGGACAACAUAGUUCACAGAUAAAUGAUGAUGAUUAUUCAACGCUCGUUGUUAAAGCUGAAUUUGAUGACGAAUAGUGACGUUCUAGGUUACAUUGUAGAGUACUUAAUAGUUAUUCCAAUUUAUUUUCUAAGCAUUCACUAUAGGUUAGUAACUAACUGUUAAUGUGAUAUAUUCCUAAUAAAAAAUAUAACAGAG